AUGCCGGACUUCAAGCCCUUCUUCCCGACGGUGACGACAUUCAUCGCGUUUAUUAUCACGAUCUUGUGUCUCUUCGCCGGUACCCAGAAGAACUUCCUGGACACUGUUGAUGUCUUGACACUCUAUACCCCAGAAACCUCCGAUGCGGCCCACAAGUUUUACUCGGUCCAUGUCAUGUCCUACUGUCAGGGAACAUUGAGCACGCCCGAUCCUGGUUCCGGAGCAUCACGUAAUGUGACCAAAUGUUCAGGCCGCAGCAUUCCCUUCUCUUUUGAUCCGACUCAGGCGUGGCCGAAGGAGAUCACUCAGGGACCGGAGCUGGCCUGGCCGCGUGUAAUCAGUGAUGAUUUCCAUGCUUUCCGGCUCACAAGUCAGGCCAUGGCUGUGUUAUAUUGUAUUGGAGUGGCCACGAUGGGCGUCGUGCUUCUGGUACGAGUAUGGAUGACCCUCAAGCCGAAGCCACAGCAAGGCUUGCUUGAAUUUGGAUUUCUGGUGCUCGGUACCCUCAGCAUCAGCAUCGCGUCGAUCAUUGCGACUGUCCUUGCGUUUGAGUUUGUGGCCUUGAUCAACGCCCACGGCAAGGGGUCGAAGGUGUCUGCCAAGUAUGGCGAGAAAUUCCUCGGGAUGACUUGGGCAGCAGUGGGUCUGUUGCUUGUGGGGAGCCUUGCCAGUUUCGUGAACGUCUUUGUUCGCGGGUCGGCACCCACACCCGCACCGAAAGAAGCAGAAGACGCAGAAGGGUAA